AUGUUUAAACUCGCAUAUAAGAGAAACCGCGUUGCACCGUCUUCUGCAUACGGUAUCAUAGCUGCUAUUGGUGAACCCGAUGGAGGUGCGAUAACGUAUAAGGAUCGCCUUGAGGGACUGACUGUUGGAAUUGUACGUGGCGACUAUGCAAAUAUGUACUGGACCGUCAUAGAGCUGUACAGUGCCUAUCUGAGUGCCCGGGUAUUGAACAGAACUGCUUUCGAGACUACCAUUCUCAUCCUUGACGCGCAUCCAGCUUCUGCCCUGGACGGAUUGUGGGAACUGCUGUUCAAGAAGGUCGUCAGAAUGGGGUGGUUGAAGAAAACAACACUCCUGGAGCAAUUUGUCCUUGUUCCCCAUUUAAAACUCGUGCCUCUUGUGCGAGACAUCAAUACUAUUCCGUACAUCGACGACUUCCGGUAUGAUGUCUCCAAUCGCGUAGGGGGAGAUCCGGCUAGAAAGAUAGUUUGUGACAGGUUUCAGAUAACAGUUGUGUUAAGAAGAAACUACGUAGCCCAUGCGCGAAACUUUGAAGGUGUCAUAGGCAGACAGUUUAAUAAUUCAGAUGACCUAAUUCAGACUCUGAAAAGCACAUUUCCUAAGGAUUUGGUAAGAGCCGUGGCUUUGGAGACUCUAACUGUCAGUGAGCAAGUAAAACUGGCCACCGAAACGGAUAUUCUGAUCGGUGUACACGGUGCAGGGUUGACCCUCACGUUGUUCCAGGUUCCGGGAACAGGUUUAAUUGAGCUUUUUACCUUUGAGUAUAAACAAUACAGAAACAAUCACAUGGAACAGCUGGCUGUUUUUGGAGGCAUAUUAUACAGCAGUUGGUACAGCGACACGAAGUUUGCCACCUCUGUGUACGUACCUCCACGAGUCCUGGCGGAUAUGGUGGUAAAUAUCCGAGGCAGAAUUUGCAAUUGUCCUGAGACACAAUGA